AUGAUGUUCUUUUGCACCGGCUUGGUGUUGGUAAUUGCAGCAUUGGCAGAGCCAUCUCAGUUACGUGUUGGCAAUGCGGGCUGGGGGCUACUCUUCGAUGGCGUGGAUGACAUCGCGUUGCUUGACAACAUGCCCGCACCACCUUUCACCAUCGAGUUCUGGGCCCAGCCGUUGGAUCUGAAGGAUGGUGGUGGAAGGGCUUUGGCAUCAUACAAUGUCAAUUCUGCGAUGAUGUCACGAGUCACACCGACGGGUCUGAUCUUGUCGAUACUCGAACUCGGGGCCGAGAUUCACACGUCGACGGCUACCGUGGACUCGUUCGGUGUGCCACCUGCUCUUGGGGAGAUCUUUCAUUGGGCCAUGUCCCUAAGCAAGGACGGAGACUAUGCAGUGUUCAUCAAUGGCGACGGUGUUGCCACAGGAAGUUUGGCAGAGGAUGACAUGCGGGCUAUCGUGGAUGAGUACAUGGCCUUUCCAUGGACGCUGGGAGGACGAUUUGGGCGCUAUCUGGGCCAGUAUGUAACCGACGACCGUGCUUUUGGAGGAGUCCUGGACGAGAUCCGCAUAUGGAGUUGUGUUCGCAGUCAUGAGGAAAUCCGUGACAGCAGGUUCUUACACAACCUUGAGGGACCCGCAGCCGCGAAUUUGACGCUGCACCUGGGCUUUGACAUGCCAGACGAAAGUCCACCGAGCACGUUGCUCGGAGCUGGCGUCAUUUUCAAGACUCCGACGUGGGUGCCAUCUCCGAUCCCAGGCGUCGGAAGUGCCGUGGUUGUCGACGUAGGGCUCGGCAGCGGCGUGCAGAACAUCGAGAUAUGCGCCAGCAUGGACGAGUCCGUAGACGGGGUGGUCGCAACGGCAACUUUUCCACAAUCUCUCGCUACUGGAGUUCUGAUGAUUCAAGGACCCCUUCAAGCUGAAGUCUCCAUCCCGCUGUCGGAAAACCGUUCAACGCCUUUUUUCCAGCUAUGUGGCCAUGUGGCCUACCUCCCCCAGCGUGCCGGCUUCGACGUCACAGAGUUCCAUGUGCGUGCCGUUGCUGGCAACAUAACUCUGGAAGCGACCGGAACUCUGCAUGUGCGGGUGCGCCCAAAUCAUCAUCCAGUCGCUGGUGCUGCGAAAGCCAUGCAUACAGAUGGGCAGAGCGGAUAUGUCCUAGCAGGCCACACCCCUCAGAAGGAUGAGUUCUCGCUCUCUUUGUGGAUGAAGGCCGAUUCCACAUCCUCGGAGCCGUGCAUUGUCGGUCGCCACUGGGUCCAAGACGCAGAGAAUUACAUCCUUCUCUUUUUCCACGGCGGCGCAUACAGCUUCUUAUGGAAAUGCGGUGCAGGACGGCCAGGGUUCAUCAACUUUCCCAGGGAGCCGGACGACAGUUUUGUCCUAGAGACGGGGAUGACGGGCAAGCAGAUUCGGGAUUCGCGCUUGGAGCCACAUCACAUGGCCGUCACGGCGAAGUGUGUGCCCUCGGGCCAAGAUCAUCGAAUCCGCUUCGCCGCGUAUCGCAACGGCAAGCUGAUGGCGCAGUCGACCGACAUCGGCGAAUGCAUGCCAGGGUGCUUCGUGCAGGACUUGACCCCGUGGGAGCUCGGGGCGGAGUAUGAUCCAUCCCCUUCAUCAGAGCAGAUGGUCCCCUCGAACUUCUUUCGGGGCAUCCUUGAUGACUUCCGGGUCUAUGGCUCGGAGCUCCUGGCUUCGGAGAUGGAAGCCGUCGCUGCAGGCGCCAAUGUUCGUGAGGAGGAGCUCUUGCUGCACUACACCUUCGACAACGACGACACGGAGACCUGCAAGUACCGGCGCCUCGUGAACAGCUCCUCCCUCUGUUUCGGCUUAAAUGAGCGAAAUUUCCGCGUCGACUCGGAAGCUCUAGAUCAAUUCCCUGGCAUGAACUCCCUGUUGGGCCUUGAGAAUGCAGCGACGCACAUCCCGUCACCUUUUCCCAUCAAGGCCUCCCUCCUGCACCAUAGCAUGCGAGAGCGCGCGUGUGCAGAGAUCGGAUUGGAAGCAACGGAUGUCGAUGGCGAUGCACUUGUCUUCAGCUUGGGGUACAUAUCGGGGAGCGCAGAGGUGUCACUGGAAGCAGGAGUCCUCAAGUUCUGUGACAUUAUGGGUGGUCGACACGACGUUGACGUCUUCUACGACGCCUGUGAUCCACUGGGCUUGUGUGCCUCGGGAGGGGCAGGGCUUGGCCACCUGCUCGUUCAUGUCUUCCCAUCCGGGCCGAACAUCAGUAGCUUCCAGUACCUGCCAGAGACACAGCAGUUGCGGAUGGUUUUUAACAUGCCAACGAACAUGCCGGAUGUGAGUGACAAGGUCGCUCUCCACCGCUUGCUGGCCUUGGAGGAGGUGCCGGGCACGGUGAUUCAGGGGGUGUGGGAGGAGGGAGGACAGGGCCUCCGACUUCUACUGGGAGCAGCGCUGGACGAAUUGAAUUUCUCCGUUUCCUUGAAGUGGGGUGGUCAACUCCGGGACGCAGCCCAAACGACCUAUUUCAGCUACAGCUCUUCUCCGGCUUUGGUAGAAAAGCAGUGCUCCUUGGGCGGCUAUCUUCCCCCGGGAGGGGAGUCUUGCGAAGGCUGCGGCUUGGGACGCUUCCUGAUCCUCGAAGGCGAUAGCGCGGGCGUGUGCAGGUCUUGCAGCUCGGGCAGCUUCUCCAACGAGACCUCGGCAACGUCUUGCACAAUCUGUCCAAGAGGUACUUUUCAGAGCCAGCGUGGACAGUCUUCCUGCGAAUCCUGUGAGCAAAGAGCCGCAGGCAGCACGACUCGUGAACUGGCCAGCACUUCCAUCGACGACUGCAUCUGCCCCGAGGAGACCUUCCCGUUGCUGGGAGGCCAACUCGUCUGCGAGCCUUGCAGCACGGGAUUGCAGUGCCCUGGUGGCAUGGGCUUACCAAAGCAGGCGGCUGGCUACUAUGCCAGGGAGGUUCACUUUUCACGAAACGGCAGUGCCUUGCUGGUCACUCCGCGCAUGGUUGCGUGCGCUGAUCGGAGGUGUGCAGAAGGCCAAGAACUCGGUUCCUGCGGCGCGGGGCAGGAUCUGCUUGCUUGCGAUGCAUGCGUGAGAGGCUGGUACUGGAAUGAUUCUCGCGGACGUUGCGACCCAUGCGGCGUUGUGCAAGCCGUGCCGCUCCUGGUGGCUUUGUGCUUAGCCGGGUGCGCACUGUUUCUUUCAAGUUGCAGGACGACGACCGUCUUCAACAGUGACAUUGCGACGAUAACGGCCACGGUGGCAAUUUUCUUCUCUACUACACAGGCGCUUGGGGCCAUUGCCGACCUAGUGGUCGCGCAUGAAGACGUCCUUCGCUACAUGCUUCGAGCCCUUCGCUUCCUCAGUUUCAGUCCCGAUCUUCUGGGCACAGAGUGUGUUUUGCAACAAAAUGAUGCGGUGCUUUCCUAUUUGGCCUGCUUGCUGGCUCUUCCACUCGCCGUUCUGGCUGUGACAGUAAUUGGGCGAAUGCGCUUGGCGAUGGGAAAGACAAGUUGGGCAAGCGUGUUCAGCAGCCAGGGCUCUGUAGUCAUGAUUCUUUACCUUGCGUCGGCGCGUGUCGCUGUACUCCCGCUUCAGUGUGCCGCCAAUCCGGAUGGAUCCUCAUCAGUUCAGGCAUAUCGGUCGGUAAUAUGUCUGGAGGUUCCGGAGCACAUUGCAAUGGUGAUCCUGGCGGUAGUUGGACUGUUGUUGUUCAGCAUCACCCCGCUGGCUGCAGUGUCAUGGGCCGUGUGGGUAUAUCCAAAUCGAAUCCAAAGGCCUGGUUCAAUUCAGUUCCUAGAAAGAUGGCGCUUUGCCUUUGACCGAUUUACCAAUGAAUCCUACACAUAUGCCGUAGUCUACCUUUGGCGCAACCUCCUCAUCGCUUUGACGCCGGCAGUGUUCACCAAUAGCCAAUCCGUGCAGAUCCUGCUAUUGGCAGUGAUUCUGGUGUCUGGCCUAGCAAUUCAGGUCCGAGUCAUGCCGUGGCGCACCAGCUUGGCUAACUUCAUCGAUGCACUCGCAUCUGCCUCGGUUUCCAUCCUGCUGGUCGGCAGUUCCUUGCUCAUGGUCCUGACAGCACCGGACAUAGGUUUACUGCAGACGUGGGUUUCCCUGCAUCUCCUAGCCACCUUUGGCAUCUUCGCAGGCGUGGUCUUGAACUAUUUCAGCCAGUGGUUCAGAAGCAAGAAGUACCAAGUCUUCAUCAGCCAUCACAAAGGCAGUGCAGCAGCGCUCGCCCGCUGGUUCAAGACGUGCAUGCUAGCUCAGCAGAGGUUGCAGUUGAAGAUCUUCCUGGAUUCGGAUGACCUUUUGAGCGUGGAUGUGCUGUUUGACACGGUGGCGCACCAAACGCAGAGUGUGAUUCUGAUCCUAACCAAAGAAUAUUUCGGAAGACCUUUCUGCAUGGGCGAAUUUGUAAGUGCGAUACAGUCGGGCGUUCCCAUCGUGGCCGUAAAGUGCAAGGAUUGUGAGACCUUGAAUACGGAACUGAUUGUUGAGCACGUGCGUAGCAUAUGGAAGGAGUCGCACAAGGCCUUGCUGUCGAGCAUGGGCAUCACUGAAGACCUUGUUGCAAAGGCAAUCGCACAUUUGCAGCACAACAUAAUACCAGUUGUGGAUCUGGAUCGGUCACAGAGCGAAACCGAGCAAGUGAAAGUGGUCACAGCCGCCAUGGAAGCAUGCCGUUUGGGCACCUUCUCUUUCACAAAGGUGUCGGUGAUGAAAAGCAUCUCCAUCACCAGCCUUCAGCCACAAAUUCUCCUGAUGUCUUCAUGGCAGCAUGAAGCACGGACCUGCUGUUUCUUGGUGCGCCGGAAGCUCGUUCUCCUAAUGCGAACUGUGGUGGAAAUCCUGCAUGAGGACCAGCUGAACCUUCUCGCAACGAAGAGCGCUUUUCCGGAUUUGGGCGUGCUGGUCGUCCUGCUCAUGCAGGGAACCUUGGAAGAUCCGUUUGUGGCAAACUCGCUGUUCUUGGCAAGGAAGGCGUACGAGGACGUUCACUUGGUCCCGCUCAUCGCCGACUCGAACUUUAGUUUCCCAGACACGGCUUUCUGGUCGCAGCUCGCCAAAGGGAGGCUGAUCUCGGCCUCCCUGCUCGUGCCCUCGCAGACAUUGAGGGAUGUUCAGGACUCCUAUGAGCAUCUCCUGACCGUUAUCGCCCUGCGCCUCUCCAUCCAGGCCUCCGAGAAGCUGCAGGCCACCGAACUGCAGGAGGCCAGCCGCAAGCUGCAGCUGCUACUCAAGGACCGCAGGAACGUGCUGAAGGACACGCGCACGGAAGGCGACGAGUCGGAGAGCCCGGAACCUCCCAGAAUAAGCCCCAAACCCCCCAAAAUCGCCUUGUGA